AUGGAGAGAGAGAGAGGAUCUGUAUCUAGUGGCAAUCUCUUGAGUAAGUUAGUGUCUCACGCUGGUGCGAGUAUAGCAACCUCGGCUCAUUUUGGUGAAAUUAAGUUAAACAGGGGAGAGCACGUCUCUUGGAUUUCUCCUCGUAAAUGACACGUUUAAAGUUCUAUUUCUGUAUAUAUUGUUGCAGAGAUCAUCAAGUAUUGACAGGUUGCACGGCGUUUUUAUACCUCAUUAGCGUAAAUUGACAAACAGGUCCUUUAUCUUGGUGAAGCUUUAGGCGAGGCUACAUUCUGUUCUCUUCAAUGGACAGAAAACACCGGUAGAAGAUUACUUAAUAAGUUGUGCAGAUAUGUUGAAAACUAUUCAGCUGUUGUGAACAAUCAUCGAUACAUCAUCGCGUUACUUUUUUCCAAUUGAUAGUAGAUAUUGGUCAGCGACAGGACAUGGAUCUGAGACCAGAGCUCUCCACAGCGCCGUCAGGAUCUCAGGUCCACCCUGGAGCCGGAGGGUCUGUCAACAUCCCCGUCUCCAUGGCCAGUAGCCUCCUGCGGGGUCCGAUGCUAUAUCGCACAACGGAGAAGUAUCCUCGCACCCCGAAGUGCGCCCGCUGCAGGAAUCAUGGCGUGGUAUCUGCGCUGAAGGGCCAUAAACGUUAUUGCCGCUGGAAGGACUGUAUGUGCGCCAAAUGCACCCUAAUCGCCGAGAGACAGCGCGUCAUGGCCGCACAAGUGGCUCUCCGUCGACAACAAGCUCAGGAGGAGAACGAAGCCCGGGAGCUGCAGCUCCUGUAUGGGACAGCAGAAGGGCUAGCUCUGGCGGCCGCCAACGGCAUUAUACCACCUCGUCAGAAUUAUGAGGUCUUUGGUUCUAUCAACAACGAAAGUAACUCAGAUUUAAGAAUGCAGAAGUAUGAAUUGUUUCCGAAGUCCCAAAUGUCGGCAUCAGUGACCCAGCAGCAGACGUUGGGCAAAUCGGUUUCCACUGACAGCGAACCAGGGAUCUCCUCCCCAGACGCGCGUCAUGGCUCUGGCUCUGAGAAUGGAGACGGAGAGUCGUUCAUCAGCUCUCCUGUCUCCAAGGCUCUGAAAGACGGAGAGGACACCCCGGGUUCGAUUAGCCCCCUAGGUUCUGACUCGGGUUCGGAGACCGACAAAGAUGAUCAAGAACCCUCCCCAUCAUCGGCCGCAUCCAGGCAAAUGAACCCAAUCGACAUCUUGACCAGAGUGUUCCCCAGCCACAAGCGCAGUGUUCUGGAAUUGGUUCUACAAGGCUGCGGGAAAGACGUGGUGCAGGCCAUCGAGCAAAUUCUCAACAACAGUGGACAAGCCAAGGCCCCCGAGCAGGUGUGGACAGCAGAACGCAUACUCCAGAGCGCACAGCCUCCCCUCUCCUCCACUCCAAGGCCCAUGUUACCGGGAGCCAUGACGCUGAGCAACCGCUCCGCCUUCUCUCCACUGCAGCCAAACGCGCCACACUUUGGCGCUGAUCCCAGCACCUACCCCCUGAGCACUCAUCUAGGACUAAACCCCUUGCGUCUGGCCUACUCGGCCCACAGCAGAGGGCUCACCUUCAUGACACCAUACUCCACCACGGGGUUGAUGCCAACUCUGGGCUUCAGGCCGCCCAUGGACUACGCAUUCAGUGACCUCAUACGGGACAGGACACUCUUGCACAAGGACCAGGGGUACACCAAUGGGCUGUACAGGCCCCUCGGCAACAACAACACAGACAAACCGUGAGACUGAGAAUGUACAAUGUGUCAUGAACUCAGUCGUGUUGGGACUAUGAUUCAAGUGGACACAUUCAGAGAGGGACACUGUAUUUGUAGCCACAAGUGUUGAAUGUUAUGGAGAGAUCAGUAACGUGUUUGGCUAUUGCACUGCUGUACAUAAUGCUUUGCUUUUAGUCGGUUUGCUUGCCCAAAAUGGCAUCGGAAACCAAGCUCACUUAUAUAUAACUUUGUUUUCUUAGAGAUAGACUAUUAUUCCUUAUACAUAUGUAUUGCUAUAAAUCCCCCGCCAAGUGUGUAACCUGAAAAUAUCUAGUCAAAGUAUUUUGUCUGAAAAUAUUACUUAAAGGGGUUGCAAAUCCCGAAAAACGGACAGGCAAACUAUUCAUCACACCAUAAUGUAUGCAGUCGCAUUAUAAUCGAGUGCAUAUAUGGAGAAGAUACAAAUUCUAACUUCGAUAUGAUUCCUGUAAAUUGUGGGGUUUCGAUAUUGAAAAAGUGGUCGCAACCCAAAUUCACUUUCAAAUAAAAGUGGGUUGUUUGAUGAUCCUGGUGCAAUUGUUGCUUUUACCUUUUCAUUCCGAGUAAUUAUUUUCUGGAAGAAAACAUCCAACCUUACUAACGAAUUGUUACUCAAUAUUUUUUAGUAGCAUACAUCCAUGCUUAAAAAACGUUUAAGUGGGGUGUCUUAAAUUAUUACCAUAACGUGUAAAUUACUGACGUUGAACAUUUAAAAACGUAAGCUUAAUUGUAAAACUAUUGAUGUAUUGGCAUUCCUUUUCUGACUUAGUUUUAUUGUUUCUCCAACAGUACAGUGUAUAUUGAAUUUGAUUAUAUAAGAUUAUUAUAUUACAGUUGACUUUACCUGUGUACUUGACCCAGCAUUUAUCAGCUACAACCGUUCUUCUCUAUUUUGUGAAAUUGCAUUUUUUUUGUCCUGAAAAGUCUAUUGGCUUUUCUGUCACAAGCUGUACCGUCACAUGUGGAAUUGCUGGAAAUAAAUGUUAUUUUAUACAAAA